UCGACACACACCCAGUGUGUUUUCCAUUAUGUCAGAAAUGUCGCUGGAGGAAGUUUCGUUCUUGCUGCUCCUCUGUCUCUCUGCAGCUGCAGAUCAGCAGGGGACAACAGUGAAGCCUGGAGACGAUGCCACUCUUCAGUGUCACUGUCCCAGCCAUGCUGCCAUCACGCUGUUAGAGUGGACCAGACAGGAACAUAAUCCAGAUCGUUACGUGUUCUUCUACCGGAACAACCAGUUGAUUGAAGAAUACCAGCUUCAGUCUUAUCGAGGUCGAGUGGAGCUGAGAGAUCCAGAGAUGAAGGAUGGAGACGUGUCUGUGACUUUGAAGAACGUCACCGUCAAUGAUGCUGGAAUUUACAACUGUACAAUUACAAUCAGCAAAACAGAGAAUGGUGAAAGGACAACCACUGUUUUCAGCAGCAUCUUCAGCCUGACUGUCACAGACUCAGGCCUCUCAGCUCCCCUGGCUGAAGGAAACAAGGAUGAAGGAAACAAGGAUGAAGGAAGCAAGGGGGAAGGAUACAAGGAUGAAGGAGACAAGGAUGAAGGAGACAAUGGUGGAGGAAAGGAGGAUGGGAGAAAGAGUCAGGAACCUGUAACUUUGGUUUUGGGGACAGUUUUUGGCUUCUUACUUUCUAUGAGUGUUGUCAUCUUUAUCAUUAUCAUUAGGGCCCGAACACUCAAACGUGCAUGUGUGUAUCAUCAGCCCCCCCCCCCUGAAGAUAUUCAGAUGGUUUUAAGGAAUGGCCGUGGCAUAAUAACUGACUAGCGCCCCCUAAAGGGCAGCCCCGGCACUACGAUUGGUCUACAUCUACAAAAAUACAUAGGGACAUGUGUCUUUUCAUGACAAAGAAAUAAGUCUCUUGAACAGAUAUGCUACACCACACAGGAAGCUUGCCAUUUUGAAUUUGGAGGCCAUUUUGCCCAUAUUCCACACUUUUACUUUGAUGUACUUGUGGUAGGGCUUUCAUCAGAUCAACUUAAAUUUUAGAUGAGUGUCAUCACAACAAGAUGGAGAAAAAAAGUUAUUAAAAGAUACAUUUCUACUCAGACGGUGUGAUCGUGGCGUGGCGUCAGAGUCUGAUCACACGCCAUCAAAACAUGAGCUUCUGUAUCUGUGACAUAUUUGGUCCAAUCGAGUCCAAACUAGACACAUACGACAAGAGUCGCGACCAGAAGACAUCGGUGCAGAAAUUGUGACUAACAAUCACAGCGCCCCCUGGUGGCAACAGGAAAUGUCUUGUUUUUGGUACGUUCUACAUUUUUAUGUACUUCUCGGAGAGCUUUCAUCAGAUCAACUAAAAAUUUAGAUGAGUGCCAUCACAACAAGAUGGAGAUAAAAAGUUAUCAAAGAAACAACUUUCUGACACACCGUCUGACCGUGGCGUGGCGGGCAAAGUGUGAUGAACGCCAUCAAAACACAAGCUUCUAUAUCUUAGACAUAUUUGGUCCCAUCGACUCCAAACGAGACAUGUAAGACAAGAGUUGCGGUCUGAAGACAUGAACCCAAAAAUUUAGACUUAAAAUCACAGCGCCCCAUGGAGGCAGCAGGAAAUGUUUUGUUUUGGUACAUCGUGCGCUUUGAUGUAUUUCUCGGAGAGCUUUCAUCACAUCAACGUAAUAAUUAAAUGAGUGUCUACAAAACAAAAUGAAGAUCUAAAGUUAUCAAAAUUUUAACUUUUCGUCAUACCGUGUGACCGUGGUGUGGCUUAAAAGCUUGAUGUGCGAAAUGAAAAGACUUGUUUUCAUUUUGACCAUGUCUGUGAUUCAUCAGAUUCAUCAUCUGACCUUAACCCUCAACAGGAGUAACGAAGAACUAUUCUAGAUUUAACCAGAAGGGCUGGCACAGGGCCUCCCUGCCUUAUCCCUACCCUAGGACUGGGAGAACACUCUGCCACGAACACUAACACACACACACACACACACACACACACACACACACACACACACACACACACACACACACACACACACACACACACACACACACACACACACACAAACAGAGUUAAUGUAGUGUUUUUAAAACAAACACACACUCAGUAGUUGAUCCUGCAUUGUGUGUGAGACAGCUGUGAAAAGCUGUGUUGUUUACAGGGCAGAACCCUGCCACACUGCUGCUGACUGAACCAGGCCUGAGAGAGAGGAGUAUUGUGUUAUUUACCUUUUUAUUUUCAUGUGAAUGUCCUGUAUAUCAGUAUUCUGCUCUGUGAACCCCCCUGUCCAAUGUGGUACGUGUCGCUCAGGAACCUGUCUUCAUUUGGAAGGAGACGGUGUCAUUCCAACUUUUAAUUCAUGUUACUGUGACUACUUUCUGAAAGAGCAAUAUAAACCGCUGUAAUGUAUAAAGUGCAAGUCUAUACUGUAAGGAGUGUUAGAGGUAUUUCCAGAUUCAGAUUAAGGCUAAAAUUGAAAUGACAACAAAAACCUCUGUUCUGCACAGGGGGACAUGGCCCACAGGGAGGCUUCUAGGAAUAUUUAUUUGAACUCUUUGGUGGUUGUUUAGUUAAGUGCACUGAAGGGGAGAUUUUGAAUAAAUAUUUAUAUUAUAUUGUAUUUCCUUAACAUUCUAUUUGAAAAUUGUUUAUUUACGGAUAAAAAUUCCAUAAUGUAUGUAACUGUUAAGUUGUUACUGUGGUUUCUGAACAAAAUGGUUUAUAAUAAAAUAUUUUCUAUUUAUGAAUAA